CAUGCGCAAAGAGAACACCAUCCAACCAACCGGUUUGUGUCAAGUCGAGGCUGGACGGAUGAUGUGAUCGAGCCAAAAAAAAUCACCUGUAUUCUGGCAUUCAUGGUGACACAACUGCGAGAAGAGAGGAAGAGGAGGAGAGACUGCUGGAGGAGGAGGAGGGCGGUUGUUGCUCACCACCACAAUUUGGCUUUUGUUGCAUGAAUUCAGCAUGAUCCGACAAACCGUCCAUGGGCUCGGAGCGGAAGGAGAUGCGUAAGAGACAGAUGCAGGUUCAUCAGGAAGCAGCUGCCAGUGUCCUCCAAGCGCACCACAGAAUGGGAAACACCCCCACCAACGCCUCAAACGCCUGCUGCUUCUGCUGGUGCUGCUGCUGUAGCUGCUCCUGUCUGACUGUUCGGAGCGAGGACGAGACGAUACAGAGGUCCAACUUUGAGCACAGAACAGAGGGAACCGCUAAUUGUGAAGAAAGCCCGAAGCCCACUCUGGAUGACGCUCGCUCCUGGCCGUUGUCGUUUGAGAAGGUGAUGAAAAGUGCAGCGGGUCGCAGCUGCUUCAGGCAGUUCCUGCGGACGGAGUUCAGCGAGGAGAACAUGAUGUUCUGGCUCGCCUGCGAGGACCUCAAAAAGGAGACCAACAAGACUGUGGUGGAGGUGAAAGUCCGUCAAAUAUACGAGGACUUCAUCUCAAUCCUUUCCCCUAAAGAGGUCAGUUUGGACUCACGUGUUCGAGAGGUGAUAAACCGCAACAUGCUGGAGCCGACCUCGUGCACGUUCGACGACGCCCAGCAGCAGAUCUACACGCUGAUGCAGAGAGACUCGUACCCCCGCUUCAUAAACUCGUCUGCGUACACAGAUCUGCUGAAGAGCCUGGAGGAGCCUCCCCCCGAGCCAUAGAGACUCUCCACCGCCACACACACCUAGCUUUUCAAACUGGCGCAUGCGUCCCACCCGAAAGGAGUUUUGUGUUCCUGUUGGAGUCUAUUUAGAGAAAGACAGACGGGAACAAAUGAACACUACUUAAAAACCGGUCUUUAUCCUGCUGUUUUAUUUACCUAUGAUUAGCUUACCAAACUACUGGGAGCAAACAAGAACAAAAGCUAGGUCCGGCAUCAGUUACCUGUUGGAAAACAUAUCUAUAUUUUUAUAUAUAAUUCCCUAGCGCUUUGACAUUGCACUUUUCUACCUUGUUUAAUGAGGGAAAGCAUGAAUCUGUGAGCACUGCAUUUGUAUUUAGGUAUAUUGUGCGCCUUAAUGCAUAUCCAGUUCUUGUAGAAACUAAUAGGUUUUAUUUAACAGUAACUUAAGAAGAAGGAAAGUGCCUUGGAAUAAGAUCUUCUACACUAGCACCUUUCUAACAUGAACGGUGCCACAAUGACUUCAUACGUUGGUGCUUUCAGCUCUUCUCAAAGAUAAAAACGUUUUUACAACUCAAUGAGCUGAUACCCGGAAAUAGAUCUUGUCUGUGUGUUUAAAUACUGUGAUAUUAGUCAUAUUAUAUUUAAUUUAAACAAAACAAGGGGGGGAAAACUGAAUACAUGACCAUGACCACUGAUAUAUUUGUGUAUUUAAAAAAGGAAUUUGUGUGAAAUAGCUAUUUGAAUUCUCACAAAUUAAAUAAAGCACAAUCGUAUGUUG